GGUGUUGAUUGGCGGCGCGCGCACCUGUCCAGGUGCACCGACACCGUAGUGGAGAGGCGCGGCCAGAGGAGGCCCGGUCGGCAGCCGGACAGCAGGGACCCAAUGGAGGAGCUGGUGGGGCUGCGUGAGGGGUCCCCGGCGAACCCGGUGACUCUCCAUGAGCUCUGGGGCCGGUGUCCCCGCAUCCGCCGGGGCGUCCGAGGUGGCCUGGAGUGGCUGAAGCGGGUGCUGUUCCGCGUGGGUGAGGACUGGUACUUCCUGAUGGCCCUCGGGGUGCUCAUGGCGCUGAUCAGCUAUGCCAUGAACUUCGUGGUGGCGCGCGUGGUCCGAGCACACAACUGGCUGUACCAGGAGAUCGGGGACAGCCACCUGCUCCGGUACCUGUCCUGGGCUGUGUACCCCGUGGCCCUCGUGUCUUUCUCCUCCGGCUUCUCCCAGAGCAUCACGCCCUUCUCUGGAGGCUCUGGGAUCCCCGAGCUGAAGACCAUCCUGUCAGGGGUGGUUCUGGACGAUUACCUGGACAUCAAGAACUUCGGGGCCAAGGUGGUGGGUCUGUCCUGCACGCUGGCCAGCGGCAGCACCAUCUUCCUGGGCAAAGUGGGCCCCUUUGUGCACCUGAGUGUGAUGAUCGCGGCCUACCUGGGCCGUGUGCGGGUCAGGACCAUCAGGGAGUCCGAGAACAAGAGCAAGCAGAAUGAAAUGCUGGUGGCCGGGGCAGCAGUGGGCGUGGCCACCGUCUUCGCAGCCCCCUUCAGCGGUGUCCUGUUCAGCAUAGAGGUCAUGUCCUCCCACUUCUCCGUCUGGGAUUACUGGAGGGGCUUCUUCACUGCCACCUGCGGGGCCUUCAUGUUCCGCCUGCUGUCGGUCUUCAGCAGCGAGGAGGAGACCAUCACCGUCCUCUAUAAGACGAGCUUCCGCGUGGAGGUGCCCUUCGACCUGCCCGAAAUCUUCUUUUUUGUGGCUCUGGGGGCCAUCUGUGGCGUCAUGAGCUGCGCCUACCUGUUCUGUCAGCGCACCUUCCUCGGCUUCGUCAAGACCAACCGGUUCACCUCCAAGCUGCUGGCCACCAGCAAGCCGCUGUACUCUGCCCUGGCGGCCCUGGCGCUGGCCUCCGUCACCUACCCGCCAGGCGUGGGCCGCUUCUUUGCCUCUCGGCUGUCCAUGGGCCAGCACUUGGACUCACUGUUCGACAACAACACCUGGGCACUGGCCACCCGGAACUCGUCCCCGCCCUGGCCCGCCGAGCUUGACCCCAAGAACCUGUGGUUUGAGUGGUACCAGCCGGAGUUCACCAUCUUCGGGACGCUGGCCUUCUUCCUGCUCAUGAGGUUCUGGAUGCUGAUUCUGGCCACCACGAUCCCCAUGCCCGCUGGGUACUUCUUGCCCAUAUUCAUCUAUGGAGCUGCCAUCGGGCGCCUCUUGGGGGAAGCCCUGUCUGUCGCCUUCCCAGAGGGCAUUGUGGCUGGGGGCAUCGUCAACCCCAUCGUGCCGGGGAGCUACGCCCUGGCUGGAGCAGCGGCCUUCUCGGGGGCGGUGACCCACACCAUCUCCACGGCGCUGCUGGCCUUCGAGCUGACUGGCCAGCUCGUGCACUGGCUGCCCGUGCUGAUGUGCGUGCUGGCCGCCAACGCCAUCGCCCAGAGCUGCCAGCCCUCCUUCUACGACGGCACCAUCAUCGUCAAGAAGCUGCCCUACCUGCCCUGGAUCCGGGGCCGCCGCCUCGGCUCCCACCCCGUGAACGUGGGGAACUUCAUGAGCACCGCCAUCACCACGCUGGCCAAGGAUGCGCCGCUGCCGGAGGUGGUCAAGGCUGUGACCUCCACAGACACGGCCGAGUACCCCCUGGUGGAGAGCACAGAGUCUCAGAUCCUCGUGGGCACGGUGCGCAGGGCCCAGCUGCUGCAGGCCCUCCUGGCUCGGCCACCUUCCUGGGCUCUGGGAGGACAGCGGCAUCUCCACGACAUCCUGGCUGGAGGCUGCCCCACCGAGCCAGUGACCCUGCAGCUGUCCCCCGACACCACCCUGCACCAGGCACACCACUUGUUCGAGCUGUUGCACCUCCAGUCGCUCUUCGUGACGUCGCGGGGCAGAGCUGUGGGCUUCGUGUCGUGGGUGGAGCUGAAGAAGGCCAUCUCCAGCCUGACGAACCCCCCAGCCCCGAAGUGAGCCGGCCUGGCAGGACAGACCGGACCGCUAUCCCCGGCGCCGCCGCUCCUGCCUCUCCUGCCAUCCUCCCAGCCCGGCUCCCGC